AGAGAGAGAGAAAGAAAGGCAGAGAGAUAUACUUAUAAGACUUCUUUCUUGCUUUUUAUUAUUUAUCUUCAUCAUCAUAUCAUAAUCACAGUCGCCUUCAAUUUUCUUGUCAAACAAACACAACCCACAAAACACGAGAAAAGGAAGCGAGAAAGAGAAAAGGAGAGAGAUUGAUGGCUCGUGCUAUGGGGAUGGGUUUGGGUUUGGGUUCAUCUUCUUCGGCAACUGUAGCGGUUGAUAAAGCAACAAGCGAUCUUUUAAUCGGUCCUGAUUGGACUAUGAAUAUUGAUAUCUGUGAUUCUGUUAAUUCUAAUUACUGGCAAGCCAAGGAUGUAGUGAAAGCUUUGAAAAAAAGGUUGCAGCACAAGAGCCCUAGAGUCCAACUACUUGCUUUGACGCUUUUGGAGACAAUGGUGAAGAACUGUGGUGAUUAUGUCCAUUUUCAAAUUGCUGAAAGGAAUAUAUUGGGGGAAAUGGUGAAAAUCGUAAAGAAGAAGACAGAUAUGCAUGUGAGAGAUAAGAUUCUGGCUUUGAUUGAUUCUUGGCAAGAGGCAUUUGGCGGGCCUGGAGGAAAACACUCUCAAUAUUAUUGGGCAUACGAGGAAUUAAGGCGUGCAGGAGUUCAAUUUCCCCAGCGUUCAUCAAAUGCAGCUCCAAUAUUCACACCACCUGCGACCAAUCCAACAUUGAGGCAUGCCCAACCUGGUUAUGGAAUGCCUAGCAAUUCUUCUAGUAGACUCGAUGAAACAAUGGCUGCGGAGAUUGAAGGCUUAAGCGUGUCAAGCCUGGAUUCCAUGCGGGAUGUUAUGGAGCUCUUGAGUGAUAUGCUUCAAGCUGUUAACCCUAGAGACCGUGAGGCUGUAAAAGAUGAAGUUAUAGUGGAUCUUGUCAACCAGUGUCGAUCCAACCAGAAAAAGUUGAUGCAGAUGCUAACUACAACUGGGGAUGAGGAACUUCUUGGUAAGGGUCUUGAACUAAAUGACAGUAUGCAAAUCUUGCUUGCAAAACAUGAUGCUAUUGCUUCUGGCUCUCCUAUGCCAACUCAAGUAACAAGUUUAAGCCCCAAAUCAAGUGAAGGAUGUUCCUCUGACAUCAAACCAACUGAAGCAAGAGAUGCCAGCCCAAGAUCUAUGGCUAAUUCUGUCAUGCCAGUUGCUAAUAUGACAAGGAGUGCAGUAGAUGAAGAGGAUGAAGAGGAUGACUUUGCAAAGCUUGCACGCAGGCAUUCCAAAACACAGUCCGGUUCAUCUCAAAGCUCAGGUGGAACAAAUGGAGCUCUUGUGCCAUUGGAUGCUGGCAUGCCCACUGCAUCAACCUCUUCCCCGUGCAAUUCUCUGGCACUUGCUGAUCCAUCUCCACCAGUUAAAGCCAUGAAAGAUCAGGAUAUGAUUGACUUUUUGAGCCUUGCCUUGUCAACAACAUCAACCUCUCCUCCCACCCCACCAGUCUCCAACCAGCCCAUGCCUCAGAUACCUCCUUCCUCCAGCACACAAGGUUAUCCCUAUGUUUCUCAAACUUAUCCUGUAAACCAAGGGCCUGUUCCAUACAACAGCUAUGUCGUUCCAUGGGCCCAACCUCAAACUCAGCAGCACCAAUUACAAUCUCCAUCUCAAACCCAGUUACAGCCUCACUCUUACCAACAUUUACGUCCUCCAUCACAACCGCAGCAACAGCUGCAACCUGAAGCCCAACAGCAAUCAACGCCUCAGCCUCAGCAGCAUUUGCAGCAUCAAUCUAAACCGCAAUUGCAACCUCAGUUCCAGCCACAGUUGCGACCUGAACCCCAGCAGCAAUCAGUGCCUCAGCCUCAGCAGCGUUUGCAGCAUCAGUCCCAACCACAAUUACAACCUCAGUUCCAGCCACAGUUGCAGCCACAACAUCCUCAAUACUCAUCUGUCUACCCACCUCCACCCUGGGCAUCUACACCUGGAUAUCUCAACAACCAAAAUCACACAUCUACUACAAAUAACAUGUUUUCAUCCCCCCGAUCCAACUCAAGUGCGUCUUAUACUCCCAUGCAAGCAGCUAGACCUAUGCAGCAAUUUAAUUCCCUUCCCACAAGAGCAGGCAAUGGAUCAAUUAUUAAUGGUGAUUCAAGUUCUGCUUCUAGGGUACCUGCACCUCCAGGACAAAAGCAGUCCUUUGUUCCCUCUUACAAGUUGUUUGAUGAUCUGAAUGUUCUGGGAAAUUCUGAUGGAAGGUUUAAAAUGAAUGGUAGCACACCGCCAAGCUUAUCAGGAUCUUCUGGCCAAAGUAUGGUGGGUGGAAGGAAGUGAAAAGCUAGUGAUUUAGGCAUACUCAAACUAAAUUUAUAUUUUUUGUGAAUAUGUCUAACGCUGGUGAAUCUCUCAGUUUGGAGUGUCUUAAGAAAGUUCUUUAGAUGUAGCUAAGAAGGUUCUUUAGAAAGAAGCAAUUAUAGAUUUGCGCUCCCAUUGAUUGGUUGUAAAUCCAACUAUUGUGUAGCUUUGUUUGCUUGUCUCAAUACUUAUCUAUGAUUUUUCUCGAUAUAUGAAAUUGAAGUGAGUUUUAGUGGUUUGA